AUGGACGAGCUGUUCUUCUUCUUCAUCCUGUUCUGCGGUCUUUUUCUCCUCGCAUCGAUCAUCUACUGCUUCUUAUCGACCUGUCUUGGUGUGCAAAUUCGUCGCUCGGAUCUGUCCGAGGCGUUCUCGUUACCCACACCUGCAAAAAUACGCGCUAGAGACGCCGAGCGACGGCGAAGGUUAGAAGCAUCCGGAGGAUACGAAUUGGACGAUAUGGAUAGGAAUAUGGCAUAUGAGAGAGUAGGCGUGUCUUCUGGGCCUGAAGAAUUCGAAGUCAUGAGAAGAGGAGGACCUGGACGAGCUUUGUUCUGA